AUGUUCAUGGUAGAUAAUUGGCCAAGUUACCGGCCAAUUAAUUCAUCCGAGCAUAGGCGAAGGUCCCAAAACACAACAAAUUGGCAACAGCACAGGCUUGUGUGUUCGCGUACUCGGCCUGUUAGUGAAUCGCCCACCAGCAUGCAACUACCUGCCGUGUUAACAUGUAAAUGUCCACUGAUGGACACUGAAAAAAAAGCAUAUUGCAACUCCGUCUCACAUGAAGCUGCCCCUCCCCGAGGCUGUCAAAUUGGGGACACCGAAUUGACUGGCAGAGGCAGGCCGGAGUGUCAUCAAUCGCAUCAGCAAAAGGCUGGGCUCGGCGAAUGGGAACAUCUGGUGCAUUUCGCAAAUUCGCCCCAAACCCACUUUCUUGAGUCAGAGUAUCACCUUGUUGCCUUGCCCUCCAACUACGCUCGACUUCGUGUCUCGGGCCAAAAUCCGGCUCUCUCGUCGCCUCCUCUUCAAACUCUUUUCCCUCGACGUUUACUUUAUUAA